AUGUCCGGCAAGCCGAGGCUGUACUACAUCAAGGAGUCGCCGCCCUGUCACACGGUAAUUGCCGUCGCCCGCCUGCUCGCCAUCGACCUGGAGCUGAUUGACGUGGCGGAGACCUACCAGUCGAAGCAGUACGCCAAGAUCAACCCCUUCAACCGGGUGCCCACCUUCGUCGACACCGACGGCUUCCGGCUGUUCGAGUCUCGGGCCAUCGCCAUGUACCUGGUGCAGUCGCGGGGGCCGCCCGAUUCGGCGCUCUACCCAAGUGGUGACCUAAAACAACGCGCCGAAAUUGACCAGUACCUGCACUUUGAGCUGGGCACGCUCUACCGCGGCCUCUCCGACGUCAUUGAUCCCUUCUGGAAGAGCGGCGAGAUUGACCGCAGCCGCAAGCCCUCGCUGGAGAAGGCCCUGCAGUGGCUGGACGCCCUCCUCGCCACCAACAACCGGCCCUUCAUCGCCCCCGGGCCCCGGCUCAGCCUCGCCGACCUGUCCGCCUACUUCUACCUGCGCAUUCUGGCCGCUUUCACCUCGGAGCUGGACAGCUCGGUGUACCGGGCGGUGGCCGCCUGGCAGCGGACCGUCGCCGAGGAGUUGAAGCCGAUCACUGCGGAUGGCUUCUUCGAGGAGGCGCUGGACAGUCUGAAGGAGUACUGCGCGCAGAUGCGGCAAGGUGUGCGCGAGUUUUGA